UAAGUACUGGCGACCAAGCUGCAAAAGGCAACUACGGAUUGCUUGACCAAAUCCAAGCUUUACGUUGGAUUGAAGAAAAUAUUGGAUCUUUUGGAGGAGACCCAAAAAGAGUUACUAUUUUUGGAUCUGGGGCAGGAGCUUCCUGUGUCAGUCUUCUGACACUCUCCCACUAUUCAGAAGGUUUGUUCCAAAAGGCAAUCAUACAGAGUGGAACAGCCCUGUCCAGCUGGGCAGUGAACUAUCAGCCUGCCAAGUACACUCGGAUAUUGGCAGAUAAAGUGGGCUGCGACAUGCUGGAUACCACUGAUUUGGUUGAAUGUCUUCGGAAUAAGAAUUACAAAGAACUCAUUCAACAGACCAUCACUCCAGCCACGUACCAUAUUGCCUUUGGGCCUGUGAUAGAUGGAGACGUGAUUCCAGAUGACCCACAGAUUCUAAUGGAGCAAGGGGAAUUCCUUAACUAUGAUAUAAUGCUGGGCGUGAAUCAAGGGGAAGGUUUAAAAUUCGUGGAUGGAAUUGUAGACAAUGAAGAUGGUGUUUCCCCCAAUGAUUUUGACUUUUCUGUCUCCAAUUUUGUGGACAAUCUUUAUGGUUAUCCAGAAGGGAAGGAUACACUGCGAGAGACCAUUAAAUUUAUGUACACUGACUGGGCAGACAAAGAAAACCCCGAAACAAGACGGAAGACCCUGGUUGCUCUUUUUACAGACCACCAGUGGGUUGCUCCAGCUGUAGCUACUGCUGACCUGCAUGCCCAGUAUGGAUCUCCAACAUAUUUCUAUGCAUUUUAUCACCAUUGCCAAAGUGAAAUGAAACCCAGCUGGGCUGAUUCAGCUCAUGGUGAUGAAGUCCCUUACGUGUUUGGGAUUCCUAUGAUUGGUCCCACAGAACUGUUCAACUGCAACUUUUCCAAGAAUGAUGUCAUGCUCAGUGCAGUGGUUAUGACAUACUGGACUAACUUUGCCAAAACUGGAGAUCCAAAUCAACCUGUUCCACAGGACACAAAGUUCAUCCACACAAAACCCAACCGUUUUGAAGAAGUGGCCUGGUCCAAAUACAAUCCUAAAGACCAACUUUAUCUGCAUAUUGGCCUGAAACCCCGGGUUCGUGAUCACUACCGAGCAACAAAAGUUGCUUUCUGGUUGGAGCUCGUACCACACCUUCAUAACCUGAAUGAAAUAUUUCAGUAUGUUUCCACAACAACUAAAGUCCCCCCUCCUGACAUGACCUCAUUUCCUUAUGUGACGCGACGUUCUCCUGGUAAAUUGUGGCCAGCCACCAAACGCCCAGCAAUGACACCUGCCAACAACCCCAAACAUUCAAAAGACACCCAUAAAACAGCUCCAGAAGAUACGACGGUUCUGAUAGAAAACAAGCGAGAUUACUCCACGGAGCUGAGCGUCACCAUUGCUGUGGGGGCAUCCUUGCUGUUCCUCAACAUUUUAGCUUUUGCUGCAUUGUAUUACAAGAAGGACAAGAGACGUCACGAGACUCACAGGCGCCCCAGCCCCCAGAGGAACACAACCAAUGAUAUAGCACACAUACAGAACGAAGAGAUCAUGUCAUUGCAGAUGAAGCAGCUAGAACAUGACCAUGAGUGUGAGUCGCUGCAGGCCCACGACACACUGAGACUAACCUGUCCACCUGACUACACGCUCACUUUGAGAAGGUCCCCAGAUGACAUCCCGCUAAUGACACCCAACACCAUAACUAUGAUCCCAAAUACAUUAACAGGAAUGCAGCCUUUGCAUACUUUCAACACCUUCAGUGGAGGACAAAACAGUACAAAUUUGCCCCAUGGACAUUCGACCACUAGGGUAUAGCUCAGCCCUUCCCCCUCUACCCUCACAAGCCACUUGGAAAAAAGAAAAAAAAAGAAAAAAAAAAGAAAAAAAAGAAGAGGAAAAAGUUAUAAUACCAUCCAUUGAACACCUUGUCAAAAUCUAAAGUAAAAACAAGUAAUAGAGAAGGACAGUCAUUAUUUUCUUACUGAUCCUUCCCACAGAAACUCACUGAUAUUAAAGAUCAACUACAAACCCUGUGAAAUGUGAAAAGUGUACAUUGCUGUUGCGAUACUGCUUUAAGAUCUCAGCCACUUUGAUUGAAAGUUGAGGCCAGAAGAAGUAAUUUAAAAUGGUGUUUUAAGUGUAACAAGCAAAGCAGAGUCUUCUGGAACACAGAGCCAGUGACUGUACAGGUGUUUUGUUUUGGUUUUUUAUAAUAAAUAAAAUAAUAAAAAAGAUUCUUUAUGUGCCAUACCAUGAAUGGCCAUUGAUAAAACAAAGACAUCACCAUGGGCUUUUACCCAGCAUAUGAAGCUGUAAUCCAGAUGGGGAAAAUAGAAUUUUAUUAUUAAAAACAAAAAUAAAAAAAAAGAGGAGGACUGACUAUGCAGUAAAAUACGUAUAGUUCUGCGCAAAGAGAUGACUUGCCAGCCUGAACUAUAUUUAAAGAAACUUUGUAAAAAUGUACAUAGCUGUGAGUUUAAAAACAAACCAACAACAAAAAAAGCAGCUUUUAUUGAUGUUUUCAGUUUGAAAAGAGCUUUUAGAAAGAUUGUGCAUUCGAUUGUGACCUAUGUGUAUAUACAUUAGUCAUAUCACCUCUGUUUCCUCCAAGACCAAAGGAGGAAUUCCUUCUUAAUUACUAGUGGUAAACAAAAACCAUGAGUUUUUUCUAACAUGUUUCAUUUAUAUAAGGCCAUGGUGUCAUGCAGAGGAUACAGUUGUCUGUGUGACCUGCGUAUUUUCUCUUACAGGUUACACUAAUGCAUGUUAAAGUAUUCAUAGGAGAUUGUUGUUCUUUUCUGAAACAUUUUUUCUAUAAUUUAAUUUUGUGUUAGCCUUUGUUAAAUUGCAACACAACAAUGGAUUGGAAAAUGAAGAGAAAAAAAACGCAAAAGAAAAUAGUUACUAUUUUAUACUUGUUGAACUGAACCAAGAAACAUCUAAUAAUAUAUAUUCAGAGUCCAGUUUGUAGUUCUUGGUUAUUGUGAUACCUUAGGAAGAGUUUUGUGCCCUGACAAAAGCAAUGAAAGCCUGUGUUUUGGUCAGCCUUCUCUGAGGAAAAUUAACUCUAUAUUCACCAGCAGCUGCAGUAGAAUCUCAGCUGAUAAAACACCUCCUUAGUUUUGCUAAAUGAUAUAAAACUACAAUUUGAAAGUGGGGAAAUGCAGGGUUGGUUGGCUGACUGUUUUUCAAAGUGUUCAGAAUGGUCAGUGUGUAAGGAACUUCUCAACCCAGUAUCUUGAUUUGUACUUGAGAGUGUACCUGUCACAAAAUGCUUAUUUUGCUGAUUUAUUGCACAGCAGUCCUGUAGUCAAAGAAUAUUAUGGAGAGAGAAGCAGAGAGAUCAUCAGCUGUUCUGCAUCUGAACAAAAUUGAAAAUCCCAGAGAUCAUCAGUCUCAGAAAAGGCAAAAUUAUUAGCUGGUUAUUCCUUUUGGCCCUUCCUUCACUAGAAAAGCAGAGGCCAAGCAGAGCUAUCAAACAAAGUAAUGUGACAGUUUGAUUCAAACAACUGAUUUGAAUGUGAAAAGCUAGAAAUCAGUUCACGCAGAUGAAGAUUGCUUUAUAUUUUGUCUUUGAAAGUUACUCUAUCAUUGAUAGUAACCAAAGAUCUUUAAACAAAUUGGUCUGCACUUGAACCUAAUUAUCCCAGAUGUAUUUUCUAUUAUUAUUCCACAACUACACUGCAUAAAUAUCAUCUGUCCCAUAAGUAUCUAAUACAAGAUGCCUUGUACCUCUUCUUGUUUUCUACACCUUUUGUUUUUGAAUAAAAUAUCUUGGAAUAGUUGCCCCUACAAAUAAAAUCAAAGACAAGGUGAUUCACUGAGGUCUAUUCAUCUGCACAACUCCUUGUUUUAGUAGGCAAUAAAACAAAUUCUCAAUGAAAGAAGUGAAAAGUUAAUGACACGAUAAAAAUGCAACAUGUGGCUGAUACAAUCCUUUAUCUUUAGUAAACAUACUAUAAAUCUGAUCUGGAAGCUCAGAUUGGAAUGUGAUAAAACAGCAACUUCAAAGUACAAUUAGUAGGAAAUGGAAAACUAUUUUGUUUUUUUCACUGAUCCAUUGCAUAAUAUUGAUAAAUGCUGACUCUAUACCAGGCCAUUUCCACCAAUUAUUUAAUGCCUCAGCUGAGAUGCAGCAGUUCAUAACUCUUAAAAAAAGGUUUAAAAAAAAAAGAAAAAAAAAAAAAAAAGAAAAAAAAAGGUAAUGAUGCUUGACAUCAUAAGCAGUUGGGUAUGUUUGUAAUGUGAAUUACAGUAUUUGUUUAGUACUUCCAAUUGUCUUCUGCUAGCAAUAUGUACAGUACUGUGUCAGGCUUGUGACAUUUGGGUAAAAAAAAGUUCCUGUAAGUGAAUAAUUUUAGCUUUUAAAAGUAAUUACAAUCAAGUUGAUUUAAUAAUUUGAUACAUCUGGACUGAUGUAUGAUUUAUAGAGGGAACAGAUUUAUAGGGUCUUCAUAGAAUUCUAUAAAAAUGAUAUCAAAAUAUACUUUGAAACUGUAAAAGAAAAACAAAAGUACUUUCCCAGGCUUAUAUUCUUGUCCUUAUGAGGCACACAGGGUUCAAUGGUUUCUUCUGUUAUCGUUUUGCAAUUUUUUGUUUUUUGCCUUAAGUAAUGAUAGAAGAUAUAUAUGGCUGGACACAUAUGUAUAAACUUUUCAGCAGCAUUUUUAAUAAUAAAAUAUCACGGUAUUUUCUAA